CUUAAUACCUCACAUAUUGCGUUCAUCCAGGAAGUUGUUCGACCUAUCGAAAAAUCUUGCGAUCUGCUUUUUUUGUUGACUCACUUUUUCUGGCAAUUUGACACGCAAGACGAAAUUGAAAAUUUGGAACCGGGAUGACUUUUUAGGUUACCAGUUUCCGUUGAUGAGCCAAAAUAAAGCCACUGAUUAAAUAGCAAAAUGUCCUCCAAUGUUUCGCCCUCCUCGUCCUCGUACACGAGAAGUGGACCGCUGAAAAGUACAGUUUUGGACUUGCCCAAUCGAAUCCGCGAUCAACAGCGCGUUUGGGAUACACUAGGCUUAUCUGAGUUCCCGUCAUGGAAUCCAGAAGAUGAGCAACCUUCAAUUUUCUUGCGAAGUGAUCAUGAAGGACUCCUUGCUGAAGUACAUUUAGGUGCAGCUGCACAGUCGUCUUCAACGAGAAAGCUGGUCUCCAACACCGGUUAUCGACGUAUCGUUUUUGGCGACCACGGACCCUACUUGGAAUUCACGGAAGAGCAAGUUUGCCUUGCCUCGUUUCCGCAUGUAAGUAAGAAACCGGCACACGCUUUCUAUGACGAAUACUGGCAUUUUGGAGCUCGGUUUCUCACAAGAGUGUUUCGCCAUGAUAUGCGGGAGUACGUUGAUUAUGACAAUAGGAGUCCUUUUUCUUUUCCUAGUUAGCUUGGCUCCACCCGUACAAUAGGAGUACAACUUAGGUGGAACUGGUUAUUUCUGUAGAUAGAUUGAUUGAUAAAGGAUCAGAAUGGAAAUAGAAGACAGUGAAAAUGCCGUACUGCUCGAAAUGGAUUUUUUUGACUUCAUAUUAUUUGAGGCUGCAGAGUGUCAUCGUAUAGUCUAGGGGUUGGCAUGCUAGCCAAUGAUAGACUUCAUGGAAUGGAAAUGGAUUCGUAGUAGGAUUUAUUCUUUUACUUACGGUCGUUGUUGAGAGCAAUAAAAAAUAGUACACUGCUCUCAACAACUACGUAGGUCUACGAAUCCAUUUUGAGCAGUACGUUCUCUCUCCAAGCUAAUGAUGCAGCAGCCUUUUGGACCAAGAUUGAUGAGACAGUCCAUGCAUCUGAGAAGCACUCAAGCGGAUCAACCCCAGCCGCAAAUACAGGUUCCAGCAGGAGUCCAGAACCUGCAAAGGAUUAUGCAUAUUUGUAUGCGCAGAAACGAUCCGUACGCUCAAAGCCAAAUCCACCUCACACAGGGAAAUGGUGGUGCGAUAAUGAGCGGUAUGAGGAUGGCUAUGCGGAUUAUCAACCCGGCUACUUUUACUUGGAAUGCUCGGCGGAUACUGUUGUUGUAGAAUGGCCUCAAGGACAACGCAGCAGCAGAACGAUUCAUGAUCAAGAUGACCACGGCCCAACAAGGUCGCCGGAUUCACCUGGGAAGGGAAGGGACGCAGACCAGGAGGGGCAUUCGCCUGCUCCCGCCUCAAAAAGCAGUAAAAGAAUUAAGGCUGUUGAUGUACUAAGAGUGUGGUAGCUAGAGGUAUGUUAGUUUCAUCGCAGAUGGAUCUCGAGACAUCAUUACUAGUUUGGGAUGUAUAGACGGAACGCGUGACAGUACUUUGUAGUUCACGACCACCUGGUCAUAUGACACGUAAGAAGUAUGACGCGGCAAUGUAAUAUCGAUCCUUAGUGGAGAUGAAUUGGCCGGAAAAGCUCUAAAAGCAACAAGUGGAAGAAGAAAUGAGAGGACGGGACAAGGAAAGAGGAUACCUGGCUACUGCUUUGGACAUACUGUUGGAACUGUAUCAUCCCGCGGGUAGGCUUGAUGAAGGACUACUUGGGAUGUAAAUGAAUGAAAGGCUCAUCUUCACUACAGAUCCUAACUGGGGAACGGCAGACCAACUACUAUCACGUCGUAUUGUGAAACUUUUAUCCAAAAGAUAACCAUUUGAGUACAAGAAUACCAGGAAAUGCCAAAGAUCUUCAUGGAAUUAUAGCACCACCACGACACACAACGUGGGAGGGAUCACCAUGAGUCGAAGAAAUUGGUGCAAUUGAAAGUUCAAGACUAAAAUAUCGCUCUCCAUC